AAAUAGUACAGAGAACAGCCACCGUUUUGUGAGAUUCUCUGCCAAACCAUGUCUUCAUCUUCUUCGAUAUCAUCUUCCCUCCGAUUGGUCACAGCCAGAAUCCCAAGCUCUCUCUUUCACUCCACAACCACAGUAACAACAAGAAGAUCAAAAACUCUCUUUCACAGCCAGUCAAAGCCUCUACAUGUUUCAUUCUCCAGACCCAUUUCAUUCGAACGACUCCCUUCAGUAUCGGUAUCAGCGUCAUCAGCUUCGGCUUCAAGCUCUACGUCACUUCAACCCAUUGAAGAGCUCCCUCCAAAGCUUCAAGAAAUCGUGAGACUUUUCCAGUCCGUACAGGAACCGAAGGCCAAGUACGAACAGCUAUUGUUUUACGGUAAAAACCUUAAACCCCUCGAUACCCAUUUCAAAACUAAGCAAAAUAAGGUCGAGGGUUGUGUGUCCCAGGUCUGGGUCAGGGCUUACCUCGAUUCAGAUAAGAACGUGGUGUACGAGGCCGAUUCUGAUUCUGUACUCACUAAAGGACUCGCUGCUUUACUUGUUAAUGGUCUCUCGGGUCGACCUGUCGAUGAGGUAGUGAGAAUUUCCCCUGAUUUUGCUGUGCUUCUUGGGCUUCAACAGAGCUUGACUCCUUCUAGGAAUAAUGGGUUCUUGAAUAUGUUGAAGUUGAUGCAAAAGAAGGCGCUUGAGUUGUAUAUUGAAGCUGAGAAGGGCGUUGGGAGCUCGAAUUCGGAGUCAAAAUUCGAUAACAAUGGCGAAAGCUCGGGUCUUGGAUUGAAAUCUGAACUGGGUAUUGAAAAUAAACAGGAGAAAGUUGUUGAAUCAAAACCAGCAACGAGUGUGAGGAUCGAGUCUGAUUCGAAUUCGGGUUCUUUAGGGAGUAGGGGCAUGAGAAUUAAGGAGAGAUUAGAGAAAGAGCUUAGUCCUGUUGAUUUGGAGGUUGAAGAUGUAUCUUAUCAGCAUGCUGGGCAUGCUGGAGUGAGAGGGAGCGAUGGAGAGACUCAUUUCAAUGUGAGAAUUGUUUCGAAAGAGUUUGAGGGGAAGAGUUCGGUUAAGAGACAUAGACUCAUUUACACUUUGUUACAAGAAGAGUUGCAGAGUGGAUUACAUGCAUUGUCAAUUGUAGCAAAGACACCAUCUGAAGUUAGUGGAGGAUGAAGGAGUUCUCAUUGCAUAGAAAAAAAGAGGUUCAUUUUUAUAUAUUUUUUUUCUUAAUAAUUAAAGAAAUUUAUUGGGGCUAUUGCUUUGUACCACUUUUAGAUGUGUUGUAUACAUUUUCUCAUAGUUUUUAGAUUAUGAAAGAUUGUGUCUUGAAUCUUUAUAAUGCAAUAACGAGUUACAUAUUUCGGCA